AUGAAAAGUCUCGUGCUUUGUGCCUGUGUUUUAGUACUUGCUUUUCAGCCGUCUAGCUCAACAAAACUAAAACAAAAGCUAAAGAAUGAAAUAGACAAUCUUCGCGAUAAUAUUGAAAUUUGCGUAUUUGAACAGGGUUUAUCUCCGAGUGAUAUAUACAGAGAGGAAGAAAUAAUGACUAACGUACAUACUGAAUCUGUGAAUGCAGAAAAAUCGAGAAAAUUUGGUUGCUUUGUUGCGUGUGUCUUGAAAAAAUUGAAUUUAAUGGAUGGAGCAACCAUUAAAGAAAUACAAAUUCAUGCAAAAAUAAAUAAAACAGUUGAUCAUAAUAUGCAAGAUGUAGCACACAAAAUUGCGCGUAAAUGCUUGAAAAAAGCGAGAAGUAUUACGCAAGAAUGUGAGAAAUGUUUUUCUCUAUACGUAUGCAUCAUAGAAAAUAUGCAUAAAUUGGAAGGACACGAAGAACAUGUAUAAGAAGAAAUAGAAGAGGUAGAAGAAACAGAAGAACAAGUCUAAAUAUAAAUACAAAAAUGGAAUA